CCCCAACCUAAAUUCCCCAUUAUACAGAUCUUGCAAGGACGAAGAAGAUGGAAGAUGAUGGAUGGUCUCUGCCAGCGGCCAUCGGCAGGGUGGUGGGGAAGCUGCGUUUCUAUCUGGGAAACAGCAGAGACUCAAACAAGUUUAAAGGCACCAUGAAGAUGCUCGAUUUGUUGGAGGAGAAGCUCAAGCUCCUCCACGAGGAGAACUUGCAGCGCGUCAGUGUCGACAGAGAGGACGAGAUGGAAGCAUGGCUGAGUCAGGUGAAGGAGGCUGCAGACGACGCUGAGGAGCUGGUCAAGGACAUGGAGGCUGAGCUGGAGACCGGUGAGUCUGCAGUUCCUGAUGUCAUUACUUGGUUCCAUUCUGAUAGCAGUUGCCUCCUCAGAAUGAAAUACACCAUCGGUAGACUUGUUAGCAUGUGCACUGAAGGUGAAUCAAUUCUUGGUUUGCCAAACAUGGAUGAGGAUCGCAGGGAAGCCAUGCGAAAUGAUAGCACUUCUUUGUCCCCUGAGCAUGCCUAUGUUGUUGGUCGAGAAAAGGAAAUAGCUUUGAUAUUGGAAAUGAUACUAGAUGAGGUCCGUUUCAAGGCGGCACCGUCGAUUGAAAGCUGGGAAAGUGCUGAGAGCUUGCAAGUUUCUCAGAAAGGACGGAUCAUCGAGACACUCCGGAACGUAGAUCUGUCUAUGCAGAGACAGGAAGAUGCAGAAGUAGCACCAGACCAGAAAGAAAUGGGCAGCAGUGUAGAAUACAGCCGGGUGGGCAAUGAUAGUGAAAUGUGGAACCCUGCAAUCAUUCCGAUAGUUGGAAUGGGUGGAGUGGGUAAAACAACUCUUGCUCAGUUAAUUUUCGAUGAUGAAAGAAUCCAGAAGCACUUCCAGGGUCAAUCUGCAUGGGUCUAUUUCACCGACAACAUCAGAAAAGAAGAAUUGAUGACACAGAUCUUGGUAUCGUUGCAACCGCAACAAAAGAUUCUGGCUGAUGUGCUUGAUCUGAAAAGGCUCCAUUUUGAACUUCAGAGUUUCAUAGAAGGAAAGAGGUUUUUGCUUGUAUUUGAUGGCGUAUCUGAUGAGAUACGCGCAAUGUGGAGUGAAUUAAGGAGUGUACUAAGGAAAGGAGCACCUGGAAGUGUUGUCUUGGUGACAACCCAAAUUUAUGGUGUGGCCAGCUUUAUGGGGACUACAACGCCAAUAUUUCUGUGUCCCCUGCAGCACGAUGACUUGUGGAAAGUUUUUAAGCAUCAUGCAUUUGCCAGUAAUCAAAAUACAGAAGUUCUGGAGUCAAUUGGUAGAAAAAUAGCAGACAAAUUACAUGGAUUUCCUUUAGCAGCAACAAUGGUUGGGGCAUCAUUGAGAAAUUAUUUAGAUGGAAUGCUUUGGGAUAGAUUCUUAAAAAGUUGGUGGUGGAACGUUUCAAGUAACAGUUUGGGCGUCCACAUUGCAGCUUCUCUCAGAGUUUGUUAUUGUGAAUUACCUGCAUAUUUGAGGCAGUGCCUGGUGUAUUGUUCAAUAUUUCCUAGAAAUUAUGUAUUUGGAAAAUAUGAGUUGAUCCAGAUGUGGAUAGCUAAUGGUUUUAUUGAACUGAACAACCCUGCUGGUUCUAGAAGUUUGGAGGAGGUAGCUGCUGAAUGGUUCAAUGAACUUGUCAAUAGGUGCUUCUUGCAACCGACAAUUUGGAAAGUUCGGUAUGUUAUGCAUGAUUUGGUCAGGGAUUUUGCAAUUGCCUUAACUUCUAAUGAACAUUGUGGUGUUGAUUGUAAACUGGUAGAUCUUCCACCAAAUGUCCGUCAUUUAUCCGUAGACAUGGAUAAUAUGAAUGUGCCAUGGGCUGACUAUAACAUUAAAAGAUUGCGGUCACUAAUAUUAUUCGGUGGUGAAGGUUACAGAACUGUAGAUAACGUUUUGGAGUGGCCUGAUGACACUGUUGAUAGCACUUCUGAGAUAUCUUAUGAUAAUGUUGAUAGCUCUUCAGAGAUAUCUUAUGACACUGUUGAUACCAUUUCUGAGUGGUCUUCUGACACAAUUGAUAUUGACCGUGCUGAUUUCAUUUUGAGAUCUUGUGAGAAUGUUGGCAUCAUUUUAACGACAUCAACAAGCCUGCGCUUAUUGAACUUGUCUAACAUGAGGGCCAGUGCUGCAGAGGCAUGCAUUGGUGAUCGUCUCCUUGAUGAAGAUCAUAUUGCUUUGUUUGUGAAGUUCAUUACGAGACACCAGAUGCUGCCACGUUUGACUCACCUCAGAUACUUAGAUUUUUCAUACAGUGGCAUCACAGAACUGCCUGAUUCAUUAUGUAGCUUGUGCAAUCUCCAGGUUCUUGGCUUGCGAGGUUGUAGAUUCACACAGUUACCAAGAAGCAUGAGCUCACUAAUUAGCCUACGGCACUUACAUGCAGAUGCAGAUACAAUUGCUCUAAUUCAUGGCAUUGGAGCGCUAACAAAGCUUCAAGAAUUACACGAAUUCUGUGUUAAAGCUGAGGAUGGCCACAGAAUAACUGAGUUAAGGGACAUGAGGUACAUUCAAGGUCCCCUUUGUAUAUCAGACCUUCAGAAGGUGGUCCAUCAAGCAGAGGCAAUUCAAGCUAACUUAUUCAGAAAGGAGUAUGUUACUUGUUUAGAUCUAAAAUGGGACAGAAAUCAGUCUCCGAGUGGUAAAUAUAACCCAUACAGAAAGGAGUUGAAACAAUAUGAUAGAGGUCAAAAAGUGCCACUCCAUGCUAGCUUACUUGAGGGAUACUAUCUGCCUUCUUAUAUGUCAGGAUUAAUUGUAAAUUCAUCAGAGGUAACUACACCUGGUCUAGCCAUGGAGAUACUAGAGUGUUUAUAUCCACCUAGGAAUCUGCAAAAGCUGAAAUUUCUUGGUUACCCAGGGUUUGCUUUUCCAGAUUGGGUGGGGCAACUCCGGUAUAUACAAGUUAUUGAGAUAAGACAAUGCACAGAACUGCAGGUACUUCCGCCUAUUGGACAGCUUGAGCAUCUCAGGAAACUGAAGUUAUAUGAGUUGCCUCUCAUAAAAGAUGUCAGUUCUGAUGUCUAUGGAACCUCAAAUGUGGUCUUUGGAUCUUUGGAGGUGCUUAGUUUUGAAUCCAUGGUGAAAUGGGAAAAUUGGGCAGAUGCAGGGAGCAGAAAAUUCUUUCCAAACCUGCAAAAGCUUCAGAUUAAUAGGUGUUACAACUUAAAAGAACUACCUUUUAUGGCCUUAGGUGCAGCUAUCAAAGUACUCUCACUUUCGGGUUGUGGUUCCUAUUCUGGUACCGUCUCAAGCUAUUUGCAUAGACUAACUUGUCUCACCCAUUUAAAGGUGAAUGAUUGCUCACAUAAGUUUGUCCUUCCAUGUCAACAACUGGUAGCGCUGGAAUAUUUGCACCUUUCAAAUUGUAAUGCGCUCUGCUUUGAGGGCGGAAUUCUUUGUCUCAACAACUUGAAAAAUCUGCAUAUUUCCAGCUGCCGUAUAAUCACAUCAUCAUUAGAUGGAGAGACGAAUCACAUGCUCUCCAAUCAGGCAUUAAGGUUACGAGAAGAGGAAACACUUGCUCAUAAAACCACCAGUCUACAGUUAGUCAAAGAGGUGGGCGGAAAACAGAGAGAGAUCCACCUUCCUGGUUCUCCUGCAGAUGGAUUAACCAAAGAGUCAGGCAAAAAAAGGAAAGAGAUCAGCGAACGUGCUUCUAUAGCUGGACUUUAUGGAACUACAAAGGUUAUUACUAGAGAGUCACCCCAGAAAGACGAAGGCAUUCAUGUUAUGCAGUCUCUCACUGACCUUACAAUGGAUAACCUAUCCCUGUCUCUAAAUCUUGAUAAUAUUCUUUCCAAGCUUUCAGCACUUCGAACUCUAUGUCUUUACAAGCUUCAUAAAAUAUCGGUUCUUCAAGAACAGUGGCUUGAGCAAAUUAAGUCCCUACAAGAGCUGGAAUUUUCUUGUUGCUACUUUCUAAGGAAGCUGCCUUCAAACUUGUUCACUCUGUCGUCCGUGAAGAAGUUGAGUCUGCAGUCAUGUUCCCGAAUUCACUCACUACCAUCAAAAGGCCUACCAGGUAACCUGAAGGAGUUACAUAUAUUGGGCUGCUCACCUAUACUGCAGGCAAGAUGCCAGAAGGGAGAUGGAGAGACAUGGGCGAAGAAGAAGGUAGGGGAAUGGCCGAAAGGGACAAUAAUUGAACAUCGACAGGAGGAAUUAAAUGAGUUCUGGCAAGGGUGGCUGAAGUACGAAAAAGAGUGGGUGCAGUGUGACGAAGAGCAGCUGAAGAAUAAGGGAGAGUGGUUGAAGAAUGAAGAAGAGGACUGGCUGAAGAAUAGUGCAGAGGAGCUGGAAAAUAAUGAAGAUGUGCGGAUCAAGCCUACAGGAGAAGACUGGCCAAAGAUUGCUCACAUUCCUUAUAUCCGCGUGAAUGGAGAUAUCAUACAGAAUCUUUAUCUCUGAAGCUGCAGCUCCACAAAAGCUGUGUAAAGGUAUAUUUGUUUCUUCCAAGAAGUGACAACUUUUAGGGAACUCAGGAACUGUACCAUAAGACACUCCGUGUCUGCUGUGCAGCCGUGGAACCAACUGAAGUCACGCAUGGUCUGGAGUCUAGUCUGGUGCACUUCGCUUCAGACAACACCGUAGCCGGCAGUUUGGCGGCUCAGUCUCCUCAGCAGACUGUCAGGUAUGCAUCGCAUGUAUAUAACAUUACUUCGCGUUCUUAAGCCCGGAGAGCCUAUACAUCUAGCAACCUCCUGCUGCUGAUGGCCAUAGCAGGACUUUCUCCUCUUUCUGCCAGAAGACAGCUAGCCGUGGAAGUUGGAACCGAUGGAGAACACCAUUGUACAUUGCAGCAGUGUUAAGCGCAUUGUGCUGAACGGAUGCAGCGGCUUCAGGAUUCAGAGUCACACACAUGAUGCUCAUGUGCUGGAUCCUGUGGAUCCAGAGAAGCAGCAUGAUUUUCGGUGACAAGGACCGAGGAGAGCUGCGUGCAAGGCUUUGAAGCCAGAAUAACUUGCCCAAGAAAAACGUGAGGCGGCCGGGUGCAGCCGUAAAGCGGAUUAUGUAAUGUGAUGUGAAGACGGGAAUAAGACCAUCUUCAAUGGUUUCAUGGUUUUCCUUCAGGAUCUAGAAUUUUUUCAUAAAGGGAUUUUUGUUUUU